AUGGCACACAAGAUAUUGGAAGCCAGGACUACGAACGAUACUUCCCUCGCCGAUGCCUACGCUAUCGCCCAUCCUCCAACUGAUAAGCGUACUACUGUGAAUUUUGAUCCAACGUUGCAAUACGUUUCCACAACGGGGCAACACGCGUUCAUACCUCCUGGUCCAGGCGACUUUCGUGGUCCGUGUCCAGGCCUGAAUGCUAUGGCUAAUCAUGGCUACAUUCCUCGCAACGGAAUCGCGACUAUUGACCAAUUCGUCGAUGGAACCUACACAGUUUUUGGCAUGGGCCGCGACCUCGCCUUGAUUCUCGCUACCUACGGUACUGUGUUCGAUGGUGAUAUGUCCUCGCUCUCUUUCUCCAUUGGGGAAGGAGAUAAUUCUAUCCUUGGAUCUCUUUUCCCUCAAAAUGGGCUUACAGGCUCUCACAACAACUACGAGGCAGACGUGUCACCAAUGAAAGGGGAUUUAUUCCAAUACAAGAAUAAUUAUGACGUCCAGAUGUCCCAAUUUCGCCAACUCUAUGAUCUUCAGUCCAACGUCUCAGACCCAUCUCAAGUUAACUAUGAUAUCCCUCUCCUCACAUCCUUCCGCGUAUCGCGAUUCCAGCAAUCCAUCGCAAAUAAUCCUUACUUUGUGAACGGUGUUUUCAGUGGCAUAGCCGUCCAACCUGCUGCCUACCAAUUCAUUUAUCGUUUCAUGGCAAACAAGAGCGAGGAAUACCCCGAAGGAAGGUUAGAUCGUGAGGUGUUGAAGUCGUUUUAUGCCAUUUCAGGCUCAGAGGAUCAAUUUGUUUACACUUCCGGAUAUGAACGUAUUCCGAACAACUGGUACAAACGCGCCAUAGGAGAUGAAUAUGGAAUGGUUCCAUUCGCCAUUGAGCUGGGCCUCAUCGCCCUCGCUCACCCGGAAUUCCUGUCCAUCGGAGGCAAUACAGGUCAAGUCGAUACUUUCACUGGUGUGAACUUGGCAGAUCUUACCGGAGGAGUCUAUGAUGCGAGUACGCUGCUGGAAGGAAAUAAUUUGGGAUGUUUUGUGCUUCAGGCUGCGGUCAUGAAUCUUCCGACCAGUGUUGCAGGGCUGUUGGAGGGUGUACUGAACGAUCUGGCUGGAAUAGUGAAUCCUUUGUUGCAGGGAUGGGAUUGCCCCGAACUAGAGAACAUAGACGAGAGCUUGCUUGAAAAAUUUCCUGGGUAUUCGAGGUCUUCAGGUGAUGUAGGGGUAUGA